GAGUUAGGACCGAGCGCUUUUAGGAAUGGGUCCCCAAAGCUAUUCAGUUAGACAGCAGAGUUACCAAGAAGAGCUGGAAACACCUGAUGGUCUCUUUGGGACAAUCCGCUCCAUACAUAACUCUCCUCUUAACUGUCGGAAGAUAAAUCUACCUCCAGGCUUCAUUUUUGUCGAGUUUUUUGUUUUGUUUUCUCUUCUGAAGAAAAGUUACAGAGCCAGCUGAUCUCUCCCUCUCUCUCUCUCUCUCUUCUUUCUCUCUUCAUCCAAAGAAUUAUUGAUAAGGAGACAUUGCACUAUUCUGUUUUGUUUUUUUGUUAUUGUUCCUAUUUAUUGUAUUUUGCACUAACGAUGCACACCACGCAAAAGGACACGACCUAUACGAAGAUUUUUGUCGGGGGUCUUCCCUAUCACACCACGGAUUCAAGUCUCAGGAAAUAUUUUGAGGUGUUCGGUGAGAUUGAAGAAGCGGUGGUGAUUACCGACAGACAGACCGGCAAGUCUAGGGGUUAUGGAUUCGUGACAAUGGCGGAUCGCUCGGCCGCAGACCGGGCCUGUAAGGACCCCAACCCAAUCAUCGACGGCAGGAAGGCCAACGUCAACCUGGCCUACCUGGGGGCCAAGCCACGGGUGAUGCAGCCAGGUUUUACCUUUGGUGUUCCCCAGAUUCACCCUGCGUUCAUCCAAAGGCCUUAUGGCAUCCCGGCCCACUACGUGUACCCUCAGGCCUUUGUGCAGCCUAGUGUCGUCAUCCCUCACGUGCAGCCUGCAGCCGCUGCACCUGCCACGGCCUCCUCCCCUUACAUCGACUACACCGGCGCUGCCUAUGCGCAGUACUCUGCGGCUGCGGCCAGCGCUGCAGCUGCAGCUGCAUACGAGCAGUAUCCCUACGCCGCUUCCCCUGCGGCCGCGGGCUACGUGGCCACCGCUGGCUAUGGCUACGCAGUCCAGCAGCCUUUAGCCACCGCUGCCCCAGGCUCGGCCGCCGCCGCAGCCGCGGCCUUCGGUCAGUACCAGCCUCAGCAGCUGCAAGCCGACCGCAUGCAAUAGCAGCCACUGCAACCACUGGACAUGCAGAGAGAGGAUGACCACCCCCAGCCACAGCUGAUUGGUCAGGAGAGGGAGCAAAGGAAAAGGAAGAGGGAGUGGCUUUAAGGGUGGGCUUGUCAGCGACUCAGAGGCAGAAUUGCUUUAAAAAGAUGAUGAUGAUGGUGGUGGUAGUGAUGAUGAUGAUGAUGAUGAUGAUGAUGAUGAUGAUGGUGAGGUGGGAACUUUUUACAUAACUUUCCAACUUGCUGUGCUUCAACCAAAAAAUUAGAAAAUGAAAAAAAAUCGCAGAACAAUUAAUGGAAAGUGAUUUACUAUUAUUGUUGUUGUUAUUACUAUGAUUAUUAUUAUUAUCAUUACUAUUAUCAUUGUAGUAGAGUACUUAUUUCUAGAGAAGAAAUGCAGGAACUAAUCCCUGUGGUUGGUAUAGGUGUUAAACUAAGCCGUUAAGUCCUAUUGCUGUCUUUAACGUUAGUUUAGGAAACUGUUCUUUCGGUUAUUUGAUGCCCUCAUAACAUUUAUAUUUAUUAUUGUUAUUAUUACACAUUGAGGGCUCUCCGUGUUCUUUUUGUCUUUUCAAGUGCAUUUUUUUGGAGUACAAUACUUUCUGAUAAUCAGGGAAAUGGAACCGUUUCCAAUGUGUUAGCUAUUAUUAUGUGACCUCUGUCAGGAAGUUGAGCAGUCGUAACUUGUUGUGUCACACAUAUUUGAAAAACUACCUUUUUAUCUUCCUGAUGCUGAAUGUCCCUUUUUUUUCUUUCUUUUUCUUUUUUUUUUUUUACUCUGUGUCUCGACCUCUUGACCUAUGCAGAGCAAACAAAUCACCAGGAGACAAAAAAAGGCAAAGAAAAGAAACAAAAAACUGAAAAAGUCAUCAACUCUGACUUGACUCUUGGACUAAAGGGGGACUUGGCAAACAAAACAAAAAGGCACUGACAACAGGGGGAGAGGUUGAACACGGCUUCAGACAAUGAGAAACACUAAAUCAGUCGCUUUUCCACAUGUUUCACUCGCACAUACACUGACACAUGCAUCCAGAGUUGCACACAUAGCAGUCAAAGACAAAGGCAGCACAGUCGUGUUUCUCUCUCUCUCUCUCUCUCUAUCUCUCUGGCUCUGGGAUGGAGAGAAAGAAAAGAGAAAGAAAGAAGACAGAGAGAAGGAGAGAGAGAGAGAGAGCAGCUGCUGUUGGGGGUGGGUGGACAGAGCCGCUCCAGCGCCACACAGACGGAUCACUCUGGAAAGAACGCAUCACUUGUGCUCGUUUGUUGAGCUGUCACAUUUUAAUCCCCGGCCCGGGCCCAUUUGGGAAACCAACGUUACACCCCUCCACCCGACACAGAGCCCCCACCACCACCGACACCACCACCACCCCCAGUCAUUCAGCCCUGCCGCUGUCAGCACUUCCACCUCUGUGCUGCUGCUGCUGCUGCUGCUGCUGUAGCCUGGUGUCAGGUACACACUCACAAACACACACUCUCACCAAAGCCACCCCAACAACUGGCCUGCCUCAUGUCUGUCAAGAACACCAGGUGGGGUGGAGAGGACGGAGUGGGGGUGGGUGGGGGUUUACUCUUUGACGUUAUGUUGGUCUGUGUGCCUUACAUUUUUACUGCUAUUUAAGAGAAAAAAUACUGAAAAAGAAGAGAGAAAUGUACUAUUUAAGAUAUUUAUUUUUGAGGGUUGACUAUGUUAACGCUCUGAGAGUAGAAACUUAGUGGUGGUACUGUAUUAAUAAUAUUAUUAUGUACUCAUCUCAAGGCAUAUAUAAGUUAUUGAUUAGUUUUAGUAAUAAUAUGAUAUAAUAAUUAUUAUUAUUAACAUACUCAACCAAAAAUGUUGAUGUAGGACUUAUUUAAAUUACUGUUAUGUGCACUGUACUUUUAUUUUUUAUCUUUUUGAUUCUUUAGAACAUGACAUUAAAUAUUAGCUUAAUGCCUUUUGUAUGGAAGAACUUUAUUUAAAUGCAGGCCUGUUUGCAUGCAGAUUGUUCUCUGCCUCUUCUGUGUUUAGAUGAAAGGAAAAAAAAAAACAAUAAUAAUUUUGACAAAAACAAAAGCGAAAAAUGCUGCUUUCUCCACUAGAAUGUAUAGUCGUCGUCGAGGUUUCAGUAGCUGUGCUUCUUUUGCUUAAUAUUCAUCAGAUGGCCUAUUUUACACUGUUGGGAAUUUUUAUACUUGAACUAUUUCUUACAAGGGAAAUAUGAGAAAAAUAAAUGACAAAAAAACUUUUUAAGAAAGCUUUUCAUUGUCACUGGAUGAAGGCAUGUAAAGUGUUACUAUUUAAAUGCAAAGGUCCUGUUGAUAUUAAAACCUUUACUUCAGAAUUUCAACACCAUUUACUCAAAAUUGGAAUAAAAUGUUCUAUAUUUAAAAA